UAAAUAGAAAAUUUGAAUUUAUUUGAACACUUGUUGUUAGAUAAUGGGUUGUUGUUGUUCAUCCACUUCUUUCAACUCGACAUCAACAACAUUGACACCACUUAAGAAAAACAGUGUCUUAGAUUUGGCACAACACAUGACUUACACAAAAGGCAAAGAAAAGCUUAAGAUUAGCCGAAUUACAAUUAAAACACCGAUGAGUCAAAAGAUGGCCGAUGAGGUGCCAACCAAUCCAUCGACCAAUGAAGACAUGAAGACAGUGUUUCAGCCGCCGUUUAAUGUGUGCACUAAACUGACAAAAAACGUGUUUUUGUCGGGAAUCGCAUCUCUAACUCACGAAAAUAUUAAGAAAGAGGGCUUCACUUUGAUUAUCAAUGCAACCUAUGAGUGGAAUAAUACAGAACCCGACGGUGUUAUGUGUAUUAGAGUUCCCGUGGAAGACUCGGUCACAGAUGAUAUAUCUAUUUAUUUUGAUGAAGUGUCCGAUAAGAUCGAGGAAAACGCACAAUUAAAUGGCAAAACUCUAAUCCAUUGUAUGGCCGGCGCCAGUCGUUCAACAACUCUUGCACUCGCAUAUUUGGUAAAACAUGAAGUAAUGUCUCUGAAGAAUGCCUUUCAUUCAGUACGAAAGCGCCGGGAGUGUGCCCGACCUAAUAUGGGAUUUUGGGAUCAACUCAUCAAAUAUGAGAUCAAAGUAAAAGGCAAAUCAUCGGUAAAGAUGAUUCAGAAAACUAUUGAUGGCAUCACUGUAACUGUUCCAGACUUUUACGAAAAAGACUGUAAAUCUUAUUAUAAUUUAGAGAUCGAUAAACAACUGAAACAAGCAAAAGACAAACAGGAAAAUCCAUUACUUAAAAUCAAAUCCGAAAAACAGAUAAAUUCAUCAAUAAAUACGUAG